AAAAAGGAAACUUUUAACCAAACAGAAAGAAAAAAAAAGGAAAGUGAUCGAUGACGACACGCUUAUAUCUCACUUACAUAACCUUAAGAAGCUUCACAAGUCAUUCUUUAAAAAAAAGUUCUCUCUUUCUUCUCUGUUUUCAGAACAUGAUUCGUCCUCGUGUGGAGCUGAGCGACCUCAAACAUGAGAGACGUUCAGGAAGCUACGUAAACUCGAUCAUCAUCGUCGUCGACACAAUAUCUGAUGAGAUUCAAGUUUCUCCAAGCGUUCGCGUAGAUAUAAGUCUCCCUAGUUUCUUAGGUCGUCACCGCAUCCGAAGGCUCAUCCAAGAUCAACUCAUCAACCGUCGUUGGUUAUCCCCGAAGAUCUCAAGGACUGCAACCAAGUUAGGGUUUAGCCGCAGAGAGGUUCUCCAAGAUCAAUUCGCUAGCCACCGUUGGUUGUCUGAUAAAUUAGCCCCAGGGAUCUCAGAGAUUGCAGCAAGGUUAGGUUUUGGUUGUAACGGUUUAAUUGUGACCAUCACUGUCAAGAUAAUCCCUUCUCCGUUGAAGGAAGAGGUGUUAACGAGGAUGGUUCAACUAGGGAAGAUGAGGAAAGAGGAGUUGAAGACUUCUAAGAUGGAAACAGAACCGUGUUCUAUUUGUCUGGAUAAUCUUGUCUCCGAUAAACAUGGUGUCUCUACACGCAUGACCUGUUCCCAUGUCUUCCAUGAAAAAUGUCUAUUGGUGUGGUUUCAACGCAAAAACACUUGCCCCUUGUGUCGGACUGUGCUGUACGAUCGAUUGAUGAUUGGGAACAAAGGGAGUAGAAAUUAGGGGUUCAUCUAUUGAUUCAAAACUUGGGUGACACGUUUUAUAUAUUGUUAUAUGUUAUAAUUUCCGUAACUGAUUUGUAAUUUGUGUGUGUUUGAAUCAGUUCAAGAUGUUUAAAUUUUGAAUAACAUCAUUACUUCUUAUUACAUAAAUCUCCAGUCAUUCACAAUUCAAUGGUUUUAUGUUAACAUACAAUUCUUAAAGUCUUAAUACAAAAUAGUCUUAAUCGACGCCCAAAGGAACUCGCCUUUCUUUUUCUGUUUAAUCAACUUAAUCACCAAAAAAUUGACACCUGCAUUCAUACUAUAGGAACUUCCACAAAGCUCUGUUGUGUGCUAUGUUGUACUAAUCAUGUCUUUCUGAAGCCCCGUUCAAUCUUCACCACACCAUUUUACAGUGAUAUAUAUAUGUAAGCCCUCGUAAUACAAAUGUACCCACUGAAACCAGGUUCUAGAGAAGUUGGAAGUGUAGCUUGCAUUUGCCAAGACAAUCGUUCAGCUUCACAGUUCCUAUUAGGCAGACAGGUUCGGAUAGUUAGGGUAAUUCGGUUCGAUUAGUUCGUUUUUUUGGGUAAUUUAAUUAAACUAACAUCUCGCGAAAUUUGGUUCGUUUCGAUUUAGUUCUACUAAAACAAACCAAAGUUUUUGUUUCGAUUAUAAUUCAUUUAAAAAUUUAAGUAAAAUCGGUUAAACUCAAAAUAAUUUUGUUAGCUUCGUUAGCUGAUUCAAAAUUUUGAAUGAUUCGAUUCAACAUUUUUGAUUUUUUCGGUCCAAAAUUUGGUUUUGUUCUUUUCUCGAAAAAUAGAACUAACCGAUUACCGAACCAAAAACUAAAACCAAAGUUUUUUACAAACUUGCCGAUUGGAACCAAGCUUCAGUUCGGUUUGGGUGGUUGGGUUAAAAAUCCGAGACCUAUGCAGAAGUAAACUGUUUCACCAGCCUUUGAUUAGUUUGAUCUAACUCAUUAUAAUUAGUGCACCAGUGUCUUUUGGGUGGAGUCCGUUCAGAAUCGAACUAAGAUCAGACUUGUUAGCAAAUGCAUCUACAAGACCGCCAAACUCAAUAAACUUGAAUUUUGACAGAGAGUAUUCAUAUAGCAGUUAGCACAAAAUCAUCCAGCGACUAUAACUGGCCGGAAAGUUUCAACCUUUAUUACUUGUUAAACAGUGUAAUACAAAAACAAAGGUACGAACUUGCUUGCUGCCUGCCAGAAACAUUAAAGGGCAGCUUCUCGCCGUAAAAGUAUUCAACUUUAUUCUGUAAAACUACAAAAA